GGCUCUCAUAUAAAGCUUUGUAAUUAACAACACUUGGUGCUCCUCCUCUCCACACCUUGAUCGAGUUGCAUCAACGUUGAAUUUUCUCUCUAUCUAUCACAAAUCUUUCUCAAAAAAUGGCCGAUCAGCUGACCGAUGAUCAGAUCUCCGAGUUCAAGGAAGCUUUCAGCCUAUUCGACAAGGACGGAGAUGGUUGCAUCACGACGAAAGAGCUUGGUACAGUGAUGAGGUCGCUAGGCCAGAACCCGACAGAAGCAGAGCUUCAAGACAUGAUCAACGAAGUUGACGCUGACGGCAACGGAACCAUAGACUUUCCCGAGUUUCUCAACUUGAUGGCGCGUAAGAUGAAGGACACGGAUUCGGAGGAAGAGCUCAAAGAAGCUUUCAGGGUCUUCGACAAGGACCAGAACGGUUUCAUCUCCGCCGCGGAGCUGAGGCAUGUGAUGACCAAUUUGGGAGAGAAGCUGACUGAUGAAGAGGUUGAUGAGAUGGUCAGAGAAGCUGAUGUUGAUGGAGAUGGUCAGAUCAAUUACGAUGAGUUUGUCAAAGUUAUGAUGGCAAAGUGGUUAACCGGAGCUUCUAGCUCUAGUGAUAAAGGAAUUACCGCCACUUGGGUUCGAAUCCCGGCCACUGAGGAAUUAACAUUUUCGGCAUCGUCAGGGACAGAAGACCGACACGUGGCAACACGUGACUAGUCUGGAUCACUUCUG